AAUCUCGGCUUGGGAUAAAGCUCCUCAUCUUGCUCGUCUACCAUCGUGCGUUUUUGCCCAUAACCCCCCAAAAAUGUCUUCAGAAAGCACAAACAUAACAACCGAGGCGUUCCCGCCUUCGCCUGCGCCUUCGACGCCUCGCCCGGGCGGCUCGACCAAGAAGUACAAGAUCGAGACCGAGAUUGUGUACACCGAGUCGCCGGACCAGUACCGAUCCUCGUCGGUGCCAAUUUACCAGACCGCGACCUUCAAGCAGGCGUCGGGCACCGAGAUGGGAGAGUACGAUUAUACGCGAAGUGGAAACCCCACGAGAACGCAUCUUGAGCGCCAUCUGGCUAAGAUUAUGAACGCCAAUCGCGUUAUGGCAGUUGCAUCAGGAAUGAGUGCGAUGGACGUCAUUGCGCGACUUCUACGACCUGGCGACGAAGUUAUCGCCGGAGACGAUCUUUACGGUGGCACCAACCGUCUUCUCAAAUACCUAGCGACCAACGGCGAUAUCGUCGUCCACCACGUCGACACGACUGUGGUUGAGCGGGUGACUGAGAAACUCACAGACAAGACCGCGCUCGUUCUUCUCGAGAGCCCUACGAACCCGCUGAUCAAGAUCUGCGAUAUUCCUACUAUCACCAAGCUCGUCAAGGAGAAGCGACCACAGACCAUCGUUGCAGUCGAUAACACGAUGAUGUCGCCGCUCGCAAUGUCGCCACUAGAGUUUGGCGUAGAUAUUGUGUACGAGUCCGCUACCAAGUUCUUGAGCGGCCAUCACGAUCUCAUGGCGGGCGUGAUUGCUGUCAACGACGAGGAACUCGGAAACCGUCUCUUCUUCACUAUCAACGCGACCGGCUGCGGUCUUGCGCCGUUUGACUGCUGGUUGCUUAUGCGCGGAAUCAAGACCCUUGCUAUUCGUUUCGAGAAAGCCCAGUCUAAUGCUCAAUACGUCGCCGAGAGAUUAGAAGCCGCCGGAUUCAAGGUGCGUUUCCCCGGCUUGAAGUCACACCCGCAGUACGACCUGCACUGGACCAUGGCUACCGGUGCCGGUGCCGUUUUGUCUUUUGAGACCGGCGACGUCGAGAUCUCAGAGAAGAUUGUCGAAGGUGCGCGACUAUGGGGAAUUUCCGUCUCGUUUGGCUGCGUCAACAGUUUGAUCUCGAUGCCGUGCAAGAUGAGUCAUGCGUCAAUUGACCCUGAGGUUAGAAAGGCGCGCGCGCUGCCGGAGGACCUUAUCAGACUCUGCGUCGGUAUCGAGGACGCUGAGGAUUUGGUCGAUGACUUGGCUCAUGCGAUUGUGCAGGCCGGAGCCGCUAAGCCGGAGGCGUUUGAGAAGAAGUAGGUUGCGAAUGUGCUAUAAGUUUGGAUAUUGAUGUUGCGGAGAUGUGAAGUACGGCUACGGAUUAAAAAUGAUCACAAAUAAACACUGUACAAUUAUUCCAGCAG